AUGUAGAUUGGUACACGGACUGAUUAAUCUGCGCAGCUUCAGCAAUCACGAGCAGACCCAUCUUGCUAGGUUGAUAUGAUCAGAAAGCCUUUCUGCUAUCUAUAAAUAAGCGCACAGCUUCAAGCCAUUAAAUCACAACAUUCUCUUCAUUCUCAAGAGAAAACAAUUAAACUAGCUUUCCUUAAUUAGAAUGGCCAGAAUGCAAUCAAGGCUUCGGCUCGUUCCCUUCAUUGCCUUAGCCUUGGUCUCAUGUUCACAGGGGCACAACCAAAGUCUUCUCCAGCCUUCUUCUUCAGCUUCAACAACGUCCUCCAUGUCCAUGCUCACUUACCAUGGAGGCCCGCUACUGACUGGACCCAGAAGCAUCAACAUAUAUCUUAUCUGGUAUGGAUCCUUCUACCUGAAAGAUAGAACCCCCAUCACCGAGUUCUUCGCUUCCUUCACUCCUCCUGGGGAAAUCAAACCACCAAAGGAGGCCACUGUGCCAACAUGGUGGAGUACAAUUCUUUCCUACAAGGACAGAGCGGGCAACCCAGUUUCUGGGACCGUCAAACUCGCCAAACAAUUAGGUGACCCAGGCUAUUCCCUAGGAAAGAACAUCAAGCGCAGACAAAUAGCCGAUUAUGUCAAAAACAAGAUAGAUAGGAAGUUGUUACCUUCUGAUCCUCGAGGGGUGUACUUGUUUCUGACCUCUAAAAAUGUAGUGGUGGAGCGAUUCUGCAUGAGUUCAUGUGGCUUCCAUAGUAGCAUCAUGACCUUGGGAAAGAAAAGAGUCGUUUAUGCACACGUUGGAGACCCCUCCAUACAGUGCCCUGGUCUGUGUUCAUGGCCGUAUGCCGUUCCAGCCUAUGGUCCACCAGGUCCAGCGCUCGUUGCACCUAAUGGGGUUGGCACCGAUGGCAUCAUCAUCAACAUCGCCACCAUUCUUGCUGCGGCUGCUACUAACCCUUUCAAGUCUGGUUACUUCCAAGGUGAUGCCUUGGCACCGGCGGAGAUCGUCACAGCAUGCCCAGGAAUAUUUGGCCCUGGAGCCUAUCCAGGAUACCCAGGUGACUUGAAGGUGGAUGCAAUGAGCAAGGCAAGCUAUAAUGUUCAUGGAAUCAACGGCAGGAAGUUCCUUCUUCCAGCUAUAUGGGAUCUGGUGCAUAGCAACUGCAAGGUUGUUGCUUAAUUAUUGAGUUUGAAUGAUGAAGGUCGUCCUUGUAUACAGUAUCAUAUCCAUAAAAUUUGUUAGACAGUGGUUAAGCAGGUACCAGUCAUAGUGCAUAGAUUUCAUUUUGUAUCUCAUGAAACCCCUAAAAGAUUGCUGCAAUGAACUAUAUAGAGUAAAUAAACUAGUAAUUUGAUUA